AUGUUAUCCACGCCGACUAGUAAUUUAAAUAUUAACAAUUUAUCUGAUAUAGAUAAAGAAAAGAUUAAUGAAGAUAUAAGCAAUGAAGUUAUUUUUCAAGAGUCUUAUAAUGACACAGAGCAAUUGGUUGGAGGACGACGUGAGAGGGAGAAAGAUUAUAUUCAAAUUUACAAUAAAAUUUGGCCUUUUCGUGUUCUUAAAAUUACAAAUUUGAUUUUGUUGCUGAUUUUGGCUGUUGGGUCAUGUUUUACUACUUCUUACUAUAUUUAUUGGUCAAAGUAUUGGACAACAGUUUUGUAUGAAAAAUCUUAUAACAUGGAAAUGAAUCAUACGAUUGGCCGGAUAGUUUUAUUUAUUUUUGCUUUUUGUUCUUUAAUUGCUCAUCAUUUUGUCAAGAAGUGGGCAUAAACCGAAGUAUUACUAUCAAGAAUAAUACAUUUAUGGCUGCGUUCUUAUCAUUAAUGGAUAUUUGUUUCUAUGCAUUAACCAUUCCAAUU